AAUAUCUGCCCUGCCCGGUGAGUUUGUCAGGACAUAUCUGACCACUGAUGGCGCGUGUCUGGCCAUGACCAGGGCUUCAGGUGUGUCAAAAGGAUCUGUCCGUUCCUUGGGGACUCUCACCGACCCUGAGCCGCCUCAGAGUUCAACAAUUUUCAGUAAACUUCUGAGGUCUCGUUCCGAAAUGUCAACAAGAAGAAGUAGUCCAGAGAGGUGUGGCCGAGACGUGCAUCAGGAGAAUGAGAGUUUUCACGAGGAAAAAACUCAGAGGCGAUCAACAUUUUUUCAGACUUCCGAGCUCAAUAGCAGUUUGUCUAUCAGUGAAGACAGCCUGGAGGAGGCGAUCAGUGGAGGGUUGGGGGGCUGUGUGGCACAACAUAAACUUGUGUGGAUAGCGUCGGA